CGAGAGCGCACGCCGCGAUACUAUAACGCGGUAAACUUUAACAAAGUUUAAUCAAACUAAAACAGUUCUUCGGUAGUUUUGUUUUGUGCGGAGUGUUUUUUUGAAUAACAGCACGUGUUUUAAUUUAAACUGAUUUUUUAGUGCGACUUUUUUUUAAGUGUUUUGAAGUUUAAUAAUGAAGGGCCAAGCAAAAAGAUUCGUGGACCAUAAGGGACAGGCGCACGAAAUAGACAUCAAGAAAGAGAAAAAAAAAGAAAGGGAGACUCAUGAAGUGGGAUUCUUACAGCUGUGGCGAUACGCGACGCCUCUCGAGCGGUUAGCCACGUGCCUAGGCGUGCUGGCAUCGUGGCUGUGCUCUUGCGGUCUCGUACUAGCAGUUCUCAUAUACGGAGAGCUGACUGCGCUCUUUGUGGCUAGACACAAAGCUACCAGGGCUUCGUCACCGGCAGUUCUGCAUCUGUUCCAUGGAGGGAGGGAAGUACCGGACGGCAACCGGACACUUCACAUGGACGCGUUAGUGGAGGACGCCAUCGCGUUCGCGUUGGCGAGCGUCGCUGUCAUGGCGGCCCAGCUUUUAGCGGCCGCAGCCGCCGUUACGCUGGCUAACUGGGCAGCUUCUAGAAUGGUGUCACGGCUACGCUACCGGUUGCUACGCUCCGUACUCCGCCAAGAGAUGGCGUUCUUCGACACUAAUACUACACUCAACUUCGCAUCAGCACUGACAGAGGAUAUGGACAAGUUCCGCGGCGGCGUGGGUGAACACGUAGUGAUGACGUCAUAUCUCGCUGGCUCUGUCGUGGCCGCAGCUUCUCUCUCGCUCUAUUAUGGUUGGCAGCUGACGCUGGUUGGCUUGGCUAUAGUGCCUAUAGCUAUAUUGGUUGCUGCCACCGUUGCCAAGUACCAAACGCGAUGCUCCGCGGAAGAGGUGGCUGCGUACGGCGCCGCAGGACGAACGGCAGAAGAGGCCCUCGCUGCCAUCAGAACUGUUAGGGCUUUGGGCGGUGAAGAGGUUGAAGUUCAACGCUACAAACGUCUCCUAGCACCAGCUAAGGCCGCCUCCUCUCGCCGUGGGCUUUGGGCCGGCGCGGGUUCAGGUCUCGGCUGGCUCCUCACUUACUCCUUAAAUGCUGUAGUGUUUGCUUAUGGCACGACGCUAUGUGUACGCGAUAUGAACCUGCCUCCUGAAGAACAGGAGUAUCAUCCCGGGAUCAUGGUCACUGUCCUCUUCUGCACAUUCAUGGCCUCUCAAAACAUCGCCAUGUGCCACCCACACUUGGAGCUGUUCGCGGCCGCGCGCGGCGCCGCGGCUUCACUCUACCGCCUGCUGGAGAGAAGAUCUAAGAUCGACGCCAUGUUAGAUAGAGGAGAGAAGAUAGACAAGUUGAAGGGAGAGAUCGUGUUUGAGGAUGUCUACUUUAAUUACCCGUCGAGGCCUGAUGUUAAGGUCCUCCGCGGCUUCAAUCUUCGCGUGUCUCCCGGAGAAACCGUGGCCUUAGUCGGCGGUUCUGGCUGCGGAAAGUCUACCACACUGCAGCUGCUGCAGAGACUGUAUGAACCAGCUGGGGGUAACGUCAAGGUUGACGGAAGACCGUUAAAUGAACUGAAUAUUACUCACUACAGAAGGAGUAUAGGUGUGGUCGGGCAAGAGCCAGUGCUUUUCGGAGGCACUAUCCGGGAGAACAUCGCGCUAGGAAUGGAUUACGCGAGCGAGGCUGAUAUCAUAGAGGCCGCCACCAUCGCUAACGCGCACGGGUUCAUCUCUAAACUUAAACACGGCUACGACACAGUGAUCGGCGAGCGAGGGGCGUCUCUCUCUGGCGGACAGAAGCAACGAGUGGCCAUCGCUCGCGCUGUACUUCGGAAACCUGCUAUUCUGUUGUUGGACGAACCUACGUCUGCGCUGGAUCCUGCUGCAGAACGCCAGGUACAAGCAGCUCUAGAUGCCGCUAGCAAAGGCAGGACCACACUUGUUGUGUCACACAGGUUAUCAACAAUAGUGAAUGCAACUCGCAUCGCCUACGUUGAACACGGAGCGGUACUAGAACAGGGCUCACAUCGAGAGUUAUUGGAGAAGAAGGGACUGUAUUGGAAGCUGUUGCAGGAAGAUAUGAGCACAGAAAUCAUCGAGAAGACCUGUUCAGACGUGGAGUCGGAAGGAGAUGAUGACGUCAUCCAGGAGAGCCACUUCAGAAGAGCUCCUAGCGUCCGCUCUUCGAGACGAGAAUCUCUAACCCCAGAGCGUAUUCUCCGCGGCAGCAUGCGACUGGGUUCCGUGGCGGGAGCUCAUGUCCCAAACGUGGCUGUGCCUGAUCUAGACCAUAUUGAGGAAACCCUCGAGACUGAAGAGGAAGCAGCAGAAGCGCCGGUGUCCAGCUUACAACUCCUCAAGCUGAACGCGCCAGAGUGGCCACUGCUGGUGGGAGGCGGCUUCGCUUCGCUCCUCGUCGGCGCCACCAUGCCUGUCUUCGCGCUGCUCUUCUCGCAAAUAUACGCGAUGUUCGCCGAAUCGGAUCCCAACAAGAUCCUCUCCCAGUCUCAACUAUAUGCUGGUUUGUUCGCCGGCGUCGCUGCUACGUGUGGUGCCGUCACGUUCCUACAGGCUUGGCUCUUCGGACGCGCUGGGACUAGACUCACUACCAGGCUCAGGGAGAAUACACUUAGGAACUAUCUGUACCAGGAACAGGGCUGGUUCGACCUCGCGCAGAACUCUGUGGGCGCACUGUGUGCGCGUCUCGCUACUGACGCCGCGGCUGUUCAAGGCGCUACAGGCACCCGACUGGGCACGGUGCUUCAAGGCAUCAGCACGAUGGUGAUUGGCGUCGGUCUGGCCAUGGCCUACUCUUGGAAGAUGACUCUCGUGUCGCUACUAAGCGUUCCUUGUGUGAUCGGUGGUAUCUACUUGGAAGGUUACGUGAUGAAGAAAGCCGAGGUUAAGGAGAAGAAGGCUCUAGAACAAGCGUCGAGGGUCGCUACUGAGGCUGUGUCUAACGUCCGCACAGUACAGAGUCUGGGCGUAGAAUCAACAAUCCUGGAGAAGUACCUAUCGAACUUGCAAGAAGCGAGCGCUCGCGCCGGCCCGGCCUCUCUUCUACGUGGUCCUGUCUAUGGACUAUGUCUUUGCGCACCUACGCUCGGAUAUGCUGUGUCCCUGUCUUAUGGGGGAUAUCUGAUUGCGAGAGAGGAUUUGCCCUACGCUUACGCUAUAUUGGUAUCAGAAGCACUAAUCUACGGCGCUUGGAUGUUGGCCGAAGCCCUGUCUUUCGCGCCCAACUUCGCGGCGGCUCGGCGUUCCGGCGCUAGAAUAUUACGGGCUCUGCAACGCACGCCGAAAGUCAUUACUGAGGGAACAGCCGCUGAAAUUCCAGACUGGACGGCGAAUGGCGACAUCACGUUCAACGACGUGCACUUCACGUAUCCCACCCGGCCUGGCGUGCCAGUUCUCCGCGGACUAUCCUUGACGCUGCCCGCUGGCAAACGAUUGGCGUUAGUCGGAACAUCGGGAUCCGGGAAGAGUACUAUCGUGUCUUUGCUGAUGAGGAGUUACGAUGCUAACAGCGGGAGUGUGCUGUUGGACUCAGCUGACAUCCGUCGAACACUGACCCUUCGUCAGCUCCGCUCGCAGCUCGGUCUGGUCCAGCAAGAACCAUCACUCUUUGAGAGGAGCAUCCGGGAGAAUAUCGCUUAUGGAGACGUUAGCAGGAAGGUGUCUAUGGAUGAGAUCAUACACGCCGCUGAACAGGCCAAUGUGCAUAGCUUCAUCGCCAGUCUGCCGCAGGGUUACGAGACGCGACUGGGCCAGGGCGGGGCGUCUCUAUCUGGCGGACAGAAGCAACGUAUAGCGAUCGCGCGUGCGCUCGUGCGGCGGCCCAGGGUUUUGUUACUAGACGAGGCUACAUCUGCACUGGAUACUAAUAGCGAAAAGACGGUCCAAGCAGCGCUGGAGGCGGCGUCGGAAGGCCGGACUACCAUCACUAUCGCACACAGGCUCGCCACAGUCCGGAACCACGACCUCAUCGCUGUUGUUGACAAAGGCGUUGUAGCUGAGAUCGGCAGCCACGAGGAGCUAGCGCGCCGCCGCGGUCUCUACUGGGAGCUGUUACAACAGCAGGGGCCCUGCUGAGACGCCAUUUUAUUAACCCGCCAUCUUGUCGAGCGGCCAUUUUGUGACGCCAUCUUGUGUAGCCACCAUCUUGUGAUUGUGUUCAACGUAAUUAUGUAAAGCCUGAUCAGAAGUAUAGUACUACGCGCCAUCUUGCGGCAUUUCUUUAGAACUAUUUUCUUCAUACUAUAUUGAACUGUCACCGCAUACAUCAGACUAACAGCGCCCUCUUGACAAUAGUCAUAUGUUU